AUGAAGAUCGCCUUGGCUCUGUCUCUGAUUGCCGCCGCCGUUGCCGGCUCCAUCGAGGCCCGUCAUGGUCACUGCAGCGGUGACAACUGCGCUCGCCAGGUCACUGGUACCCGUGAUGGCCUCACUGCCAUCACCUCUCGCAAGAACGACUGCUCCAACUUCAUGAAGACCACCCUGGUCCCUGAGGCCACCACCGUCACCGUCACCGUCACCGUCAACAUUGGUUCCGAUGAGCACGCCUCCGUGACCAAGCGUGGUGACAUGGAACAUCGUGCCGCCACUGAGGCUCCUUCUGUUGUUCCCGCCUAUGCAUCUUCUUGCAACAACCCUGGCAAAUACUCGUCCGCCUGCUCCUGCUGGGGCAUCACCGCCGUCACCACGACCGCUCCUGUUCCCACCCACGUUGCCACCGUCACUGUUACGGCUGACUAUUGCGAGGACUUGUAA